AUGGUGGAGGCUUGGAAAUCUGAGAGGAAGGUGCUGGCUGAUGGGGUCUCUGGUUCUCUGGAAGUGGUGAUGCAAGGAAGGACGCAGAUGGUAUUGCUGAACAACAAUGUCACCAUCUCCUGCAAAGUCUCUGGCUUCCGAAUGCUGGAUCCCAGUACUGUGGGCAUCAGGUGGUGUCGGAUGGAUGAGGUGUCUAAAGCAGAGGACGUGGUGUUAGAGUUAUAUGCUGAUACUAAAGAUGUCAGGCGACCUGGGGCUGAGGUGUCUCGAGAGAGGUUGCAGUUUGGUGACGCCUCACUGCAGCUGCCUGGUGUCCAGGUGUGGGAUGCAGGAGUGUACCAAUGCCAGGUGGUGGUCCCCCCUGAGAUGGCAGAAGGAACAGUCUCGCUGGAAGUUCUGGCUCCGCCAAACUGCACAUUGGUUCUGGAACAAGCCACAGAGAAAAAUAAAGAAAGUCACACCAGUCGCCUUCUGUGCCAGUGCCGUGGGUUCCACCCAGAAGACAUUAACAUAACAUGGGUGAAAUGGAACCACAGUGCUUCCCAGGACCAAGUGAUUUCCAAGGGCAACUGGACUGCUCCUGUCAUCAAGAAUGAGAAUGGUACAUUCACCAUCACCAGCUACUUGGUAAUUAACUCUACAGAAGACAACCUCUACUGUGUGGUGCGGCACCCAUCCUUGCCCACUCCCUUGAGGCUGAACAUCACAGUGCCUGUGGGAGAAACUAACACAACACCUCUGGAUAGCUCUGGAUACAUGUGGAUCCUGUGGAUGCUUGUGGAUACUUUGAUUGGGAGAUAA